CCCCCCAAGCAGCCAAAUCAUGUGUCCAGGCCUGUGUACCAGAGACACAGGACAUCUUUGUGACAGACAGAGUGAUCCAAAAUGGAGAAAGAUACACCUCCACAGUUGGUGACCCCUGCAUCAGUGAAAGCCAUCAUCUCGAGGAUUGAGGCUGCCCAGCUAACCCGGGCUCAGGAGGAUAUUUCUUCCCAGCUCUCAGACAUCUUGGACAAUGUCAACUGUGUCAUCAGCCGCUUCCAGGAAGAGUUAGGAUAUGAUUUAAAAAAAAAGGUGAAGUCUCACCAGACAGAGCAAAAGGGCAAGAACAGAUUCAUCUUGCUGGAGAAAAUUACCUCCUUCUCCAAAGAUGCUGAGACUAAAGAGAAGCACUUGUAUGAAAUUCUCCACUGGCUGGGUGACUGGGGUGACAGUCUGACCUAUGAGAUCAGGAACAGGAAGAGUGAGGAGGAAGAAGAAGCCCUGGAUGAAUGGAUCGAGGUGAUGGAGAAGGUGUUACCUCUCUCCCUCAUUGCCACCAAAGGAGGCAUCGAGUCUCUCAUUUCCCUUUGCUCCACUCUCAUUGAAGGACAGAAGAAAGGGGCACAAAUGGCCAAACACACCUUCUGGCAGGGCUGGCAGGAACAAAGCCAGCAAAAAGCAAUAUCCUGCCCUCAGCCCCUGAGCCCAGAGCAGAUGCUCCAGGACAGGCACAUCACUUGCACCAUGGUCUCCGAGGUGAAGUCCAUGCUGCAGGAGCUCCUGGACUCCACCAUGUUCAACCAGGGGGAGGUUAGGGCCAUUAGGUACAUGUCAACUGUGGUGGAGAACCUCAGCAAGGCCUUGAUCCUCCAGUACAAGGAGAACAGGAGCCUGGAGACCAAAUACAGGUACCUAAAAAUAGAGAUGACCAAAGAACUCAGCAGCCAGAGGCUGUACUUCCAGAAUUCCCUCCAGGUCCUUGAGAGUAAAAGAGAUGCUCUACUAAAGCAGGUAGAAGUUCUAGGGGGAAAAUACCAUGACCUUCUCCUGAUAAAGCAUGCCUUAGAGUUCCAGCUGAAGAAGGCUCAGUCUAACAGAGGUCAAGCAGAAGUCUCGGCCAAGGUCUUGGUUGACUCCACAGCCCCCACUGAGAAAGACACCCUCCCAAAGAAAGAAGCAGUCAUGGAGGAAAGCCAACAGGAACCCAAAAAAGGGGAGCAACUUUCACCACUUUCCCCAAGUCCCAUGGCCGUGGCCUGGGAGAGUGGCACCAAGCCUUCCAUGUAUCAGCCACUUUCCACCAUGACCGUGCAUUCAAGGAUCGCAGAUGUGUACAGCAGCAGGGACACUGAAUGUCUUCAGCCUGUGUUACCAUCCUCUGUGGAUCACAAGUUUCCUAAGAAAUUGGAAAGACCAGAGGCAGAAAGUCCAGGCCACAAAGUCAAAGACCAGAAGGAUUUCUUCCAGGAAGCAGUCCAGGAGAAGGAAGUACUCCAAAUUAAGUCCCAUUUGCAGAAGCAGCUGUCCCUAGAGGGCUCUAGGAAUGUGGCUGUGGAGAGCAAGGCAGAGCACCAGGAAGAGGAACUCAGCUGGGAGCGCCGGAGGCAGCAGUGGCUGGAGGAGGAGGAGAUGUGGCUGCAGCGGCAGAAGAUGUGGGCCCUGCUGGAGCAGGAGCACCAGGAGAAGCUGCGGCAGUGGGAGGUGGAAGAGGUGGCAAGGAAGCAGCAGCAGAAAUUGGACCAGGAGCAAGGGGGCCCAUGGAGGGAGCCAGGACAGCCAAGGGAGGAAGCGGAGAGAAUGAUCUUCAUGCCCACCAGUCGAUGGAGGGCCUUGGAGGAGGCAUUGCCGGCACCUCCCCCAAGCCGGGCCCAAUCUGCUCAACAAGACAGGAGGCCACACUUGUCCAGGUCCACUAAGACCCAGCAGCCUGUGCCCAGAAACCAGAAGACCAUGAGUUCAACUGAGUUUACCCAGAAACCAUGGACCUACCAGGUUCCCACGAAGCCCAAGAAAUCAGCCUCCUUUCCUGUUGCAGGGACAUCCCUCCGGAAGGUGACCCAGCUCCCUUUGCAUAUAUCCCUGGUAACUCCUAAGAGGAAGGUCUACCACAUGGACGUGGAGGCCCAGAGGAGGAACCUGCAGCUCCUGAGUGAGGAGGGUCAGCUGGGGCUGCCCGACUACCUGCGCAGCAAGGCGCUGGAGCUCACCACCACCACCAUGGAGCUGAACGCGCUCUGGCUGCAGUGCCUGUGCCAUAAGUACAUCCUCUACAGACGCUUCCAGGGCCUCCGACAAGAAAUGAUCAACCGUAUACAAGUUGUGCAAAAAACUGAGUUUGCCUGGAGGGCCCAGAACCUCUACAUCUUCCUGGAGAACAUCAACCACCUGCAGAACCUCCAGCUGCAGGCCUGGACGGACAAGCAGAAGGACCUGGGGGAGAAGUGCCAAGAGUGCCUGAGCAGCAUGGUGACCAUGUUCCCCAAGCUCCAGCUGGAGUGGAACGUUAACCUGCACACCCCUGUGGUCACUUCCCCAAAGUCAAGAAAAAGCAAGCCGCCUCCAUCCUUACUCCAGCACACCCACUCCAGCAGCUCCUCCUGCAAGCAGCCCCUGGAGCUCUUUAUGUCUAGGGGCCAGCAACUUGUGCCCCUGCGGGUGGCCCGGUAG